AUGACGUGGGACUCUGACGCGCGGAUGUUCGGGAUGUCAAAGGAGGGUACAGAAGUGAUUCGCACGGUCUACGAAAAUCAUCUUUGGACGUUCAACGCGCACAACAUUGGCAGCGCUAUAACCAACAAGAAGAAGAAUGCAGUCAAGAAGCACGUGUUCGCAAGCUUUGCUGUCACGGAUAGUGUGGAAGACAUCGAUGGCGAGUUUGACGACUUCGCUGCUGAUGAUCAUGAUGACGAUGAGUCAUCGCACCAGGCUGAUUGUGAUGCUGAAUCUGAACGAUGCGCGAGCAGUAACAUUGACCAUGAGGAUGUUGAAUCAGUUGCUGGCAGCGAGGAUGAGAAUGCCCAAGAUGUGUCUAGCGAAAACAGUGCAGAGCGAGAGCUAUGGGAUGAGAUCCUUCGUGCGAGCUCCCUGCCCGACUAUGAUGAUGCGUUUGAGGAAACGCAGGAGGGCGAAGGUACAGGAAGCCGACGUGAUUCUGACACCGAGGUGGAUCCUGAAGAAGCUGAAAACAACAGUACAACUGAGAUUAGUCCUGAAAAUGUGAAGGUAGAUAAUGAAAGCACUGAAGCGGUUAGUGAAACUGCAGCGGCUGAUGCAGAAGGCCAGAGUGGCUACAGUGACCAGGAUGAAAAUGAAGAUGAACAUGAAGUUGAAGUCGAUGAAGACUAUGCCCAGUCAAUCGCACACAUCACGGACCCGACCCACGUUGUGGAACCGGAGCUCCGUGGAGGUGCAGAUUACGAUUGUUUGUUUGAUCCGGCAGAUGCCCGUGAGCUGAGUGAAGUUGCUGGUGAUGUGAACGAUGGUAAUGAUGGAGCACUGGUUCCAGUGACGGAUCAUGAACUAGUUGCAGUACCAGACCAGAUCAUUGGUCACCGACGACCUAGAGACGUCGACGUGCGACGGACACGUGAACGGAAACGCAACAAAGUGGACACAAAGCGCGUAAAGGAGACUACGCCACGUCGUCCAGGCCUUCGUGAGGUUCACGAGAGGCGACCACCUGAACGCUUUGAGGACUACCAGCCCUACACACUGAUCGUCGCGGUGCCGGAGGCAUACGUGCUAGUGAUGUGA